AUGAAGGGAAGUAUAACUCAAGGUGCCGAAAGCAAUCAGCAAUUGUUAAGGGUUGGUACAGUAGCCGCAAUAUCGGGGAAGCGUCGAGCGUACUAUCACAGACAUGUCGAUUUUGGAGCGGCAGAGGCUGAGUCCAGCUUCUGCAAUCCGGAAAUGCUGACUGGCGGAUGGUGA